AUGGAAAAGGACAUUGAGGCAGGGGCUGAGACCCCAAGCCCUCGUUUCGAGGUCGCGCAAGGCAAAGUCGAGUUGCCGCCUGCACCCACCGCGUUCGGUCGCUUCGUGGACAGCUUCAAGCGAAAUCCCAAUGCGCGAGUCACCACCAACGCCGUCGACGCUGAUGGCAAGCCUCUCGCAGAUCAGCCUGUUGCCGAGCCAGCCCUCGCUAUGAAGCUGAAGGGCCGACAUUUACAAAUGAUUGCCAUUGGAGGCUCCAUCGGAACUGGUCUGUUCGUUGGCUCGGGAUCCGCUCUUGCGACAGGAGGCCCGGCAUCUUUGAUUCUCGCGUAUGGUUUGAUCGGCAUCAUGCUUUUCUGCACCGUGCAAGCCUUGGGCGAGCUAGCGGUGGCAUUUCCCGUGGCUGGAGCAUUUUCCGUCUAUGCGAGUCGAUUUCUUGAUCCAGCCUGGGGGUUUGCUAUGGGUUGGAAUUAUGCUCUUCAAUGGCUGGUGACGCUGCCGCUGGAAAUUGUGGCUGCGUCGCUCACGCUGCAAUUCUGGCCCGGCUCUCGAGAUACCAACAGUGCCGCCUGGGUGACGAUCUUCCUCGCCGUGAUUAUCGCCAUCAACUUCUUCGGAGUCAAAGGGUACGGCGAAGCCGAGUUUGUCUUCUCCAUUAUCAAGGUUCUCGCCGUCCUUGGAUUCAUCAUCCUCGGCAUUAUCAUCGAUACGGGCGGCGUGCCCGGCGAUCAUCGAGGCUAUAUAGGCGCCCAUUACUGGUAUGACCCAGGUGCAUUUCACCAUGGCUUCAAAGGCCUUUGUUCCGUUUUCGUGACGGCCGCUUUCUCCUUUUCGGGCACCGAGUUGGUUGGUCUGGCUGCCGCGGAGACUGAAAACCCUCGGGCGUCCUUACCUACCGCCGUGAAGCAGGUCUUUUGGCGGAUUGCUCUGUUUUACAUGGUCUCCCUCACGAUUGUCGGUGUACUGGUUCCUUACAAUGACCCCUCCCUGCUCAACGGCAGCAGUUCCGCCGACGCCAAUGCUUCCCCUUUCGUCAUUGCUGUGCGCAAUGCCGGUAUUGAUGCAGUUCCCUCCAUCAUGAACGUCGUCAUCCUUAUUGCCGUUCUAUCUGUCGGAAACUCGUCGAUUUAUGGCGCCAGCCGUACGCUCGCCGCUCUCGCAGAUAUGGGCCAGGCUCCCAAAAUCCUGGGCUAUGUUGACCGCACCGGGCGUCCUUUGGUCGCAAUUAUUGUUGCUUCUCUACUAGGGUUUCUCUGCUAUAUUGUCGCGGCUGGGCCGGACACGGAGACUCAAGCAUUCAAUUGGAUGAUCGCAAUCAGCGGUCUCGCCUCCAUCUUUACAUGGGGUUCCAUUUGCCUCUGUCAUAUCCGGUUUCGUAGAGCCUGGAAACUAGCCGGCCACACCCUGGAUGAACUUGCCUUUAGGUCUCAAGCGACGGUCUACGGCUCUUGGCUCGGUCUGAUCAUGAACAUUCUCAUCCUGAUUGCUCAAUUCUGGACGGGUUUCGCUCCCAUCGGUUACGCCGACAUGAGUGCUUCCGAUUUAGUGGAGAACUUCUUCGAGGUUUACCUGGCCGCCCCGAUCGUCAUGGUCAUGUAUUUCGGCUACAAGAUCAUCAUGAAAACCAAAAUCCGCAGGGCCCGAGAUAUUGAUAUCACCAGCGGCAGGAGGGAGAUGAACCUCAAGGAGAUUUUGGAGGAGGAGCGCAGAAUUCAGGCCACGUGGCCCUGGUGGAAGAAGGCGUGGCACAUCUUCUGCUGA